ACGGUUAAUGGGUCCCGUACUUGCCGUUGAUUUCUCUCAUGCUCUUCCUUUCAGAAUUUCCAAUUCGAAAAUUACCAUGAACAAAUCUUCAAAUCGAUAACCUUUAACAAACCCUAAUUCUCAUUCUCUUUUCUACGUGAAAUCUCACCCUACCCAUGACUUUUCUUGUAAAUCUCUGUUAUGCAUGAAAAUUUAACACCAUUGGAUUUCCCAUUCGAUCCAUUUAAAGGCAAAAAUGUUCAGAUAUUCCGAAGUUAUAUGCUGAUAAUCAGAAUAUUUGAAGGAUUGGAUAAAAGAAGGUGUAUAACAGCAUUUGAUUUAGUGGGUGUUGGCAAUGUCUAAUUUAUAUGGGGCUUUUAAUCAGAAGAUGGAUUAUGUAUUUAAGAUUGUACUUAUCGGAGAUUCGGCAGUGGGAAAAUCCCAAUUGCUGGCUAGGUUUGCAAGAAACGAAUUCAAUCUGGAAUCGAAGGCUACCAUUGGGGUUGAAUUCCAGACAAAGACUCUUGUUAUUGAUAACAAAAUGGUCAAGGCCCAAAUUUGGGACACUGCAGGCCAAGAGAGGUACCGAGCAGUAACAAGUGCCUAUUACCGAGGUGCAGUUGGUGCUAUGUUGGUCUAUGACAUGACGAAACUUCAAUCCUUUGAUCACAUGGCUAGUUGGCUAGAGGAACUCAGGGGACAUGCGGAUAAGAACAUUGUUGUAAUGCUGAUCGGCAACAAGUGUGACUUAGGGACUCUUCGAGCAGUUCCAACUGAAGAUGCCCAAGAGUUCGCUGAAAAAGAGAAUUUAUACUUUAUGGAGACAUCAGCGCUCGAGGAGACUAAUGUUGAAAGCGCAUUUAUGACCAUUCUGAUAGAAAUAUACCAGAUCAUAAACAAGAAGUCCCUUACUGCCAGUGACAGAUUGGAUUAUGCGAAGUCCGCAUCUCUGAAGGGUACUAGAAUCAUUGUUCCUGGUCAAGAUUCUGACCCUAAUGCAAGAAAAGCUGGCUGCUGCAUGACCUCAUGAUUUUCUCUCUGUGACUGUCGAGUUAUUUCCUCGCACUGCCCUUUUUAAUACUUCACUCUAUUAAAGAAUACAAUAACCUUGUUUUAUUAUAUGACGGUUUCGUAAAAAGUAGAGCACUAUUAUUACAUUUUAGAAUGAAAUGCAUAUCAGUAAAUGGUUGUGCUCAGCACAUAUACAGCUCAUUGAUGUAUGCUUCUGAAGUUAAAUUUAGAUUUCAUAAUUU